AACUAAAUUUACCUUAUAAUUUAAUUUUAACUUCUCUCCCCCACACAUUACACCACAAUACUCAGUGCUAUGAACUCCUUCUCAGUGUUCUUAGUGUUUGCUCUGGCUGCUCUGGUCGCUGCUGAGCCACCAUCGGGCUACAAUUAUAACCGCAAUGGAGGCGGCGGCGGCGGUGGUGGCGGUGGAUUUGGCGGUGGCUUUGGCGGCGGCUCCUCGUUCGGCGGUGGCGGCGGUGGGUUCCAGGCCGUUAGCGGUGGCUUCCAGACAUCGGAGGGACAAAAUGUUGAUCCUCAGCUGCUGGAGCAGGUGCGUCAGAUUCUGUUGAAUGAGGAGAGCAAACAGGGCGGCGGCGGUGGUGGUGGUGGUGGCGGCGGCGGCGGUGGUGGCUAUCCAAGUGGACCAUCAACCAGCUACGGCCCACCAUCGACCAGCUAUGGUGCGCCUGGCAACGGAGGUGGCGGUCGUGUUGUUGGCAUCGAUCUUGAGGGUGUCCGACAGGCCAUUCAGGUGGCUCAGUUCGCCCAGCAGAGCACACAGGCUGGCGGCGGCGGCGGUGGCUAUCCAAGUGCCCCAUCUGGCUCAUACGGUGCUCCCUCAAGGCCCAGCGGCAGCUACGGUGCGCCCUUCUAAGCCAAACUGAUUCAAGCAUACCCAAACACAACAAAA